ACUAUAGGAAAUAGAAAAUAACACACAUACUGCUGUGAACUUGAUAAAACCAUGUGUGUGCUUUUUUUGAGUCCUCAAAAGUUUCCUGAACUUUCUUAUCGCGGUUAAAGACGACUGUUUACACGGUGUUGGGCGACCUCUAUUGGUGGUUAACUGUAAUUUGGACUGUAAAUGGAACAAACUGACCUAACUGCUGAUAAGAGUAAAAGGAAGAAAAGGAGAGAACUUACCGAGGAGCAGAAGGAUGAAAUCAAGGAGGCAUUUGAACUCUUUGAUACAGACAAGGACAAAGAAAUAGAUUAUCAUGAGUUAAAGGUGGCGAUGAGAGCACUUGGAUUUGAGGUGAAGAAAGUAGAUGUGUUGAAGAUCUUAAAAGACUAUGACAGAGAAGGAACUGGGAAAAUAACAUUUGAAGAUUUCAAAGAAGUGGUGAUGGACAUGAUAUUAGAUAGAGACCCAAAAGAGGAAAUCCUGAAGGCCUUUAAACUGUUUGACGAUGAUGAAACGGGAAAGAUCAGCCUGAGGAACCUGCGGCGAGUGGCCAGAGAACUUGGCGAAGACAUGAGCGAUGAAGACCUGCGCGCCAUGAUCGAUGAAUUUGACACGGAUGGGGACGGCGAGAUUAAUCAAGAGGAGUUUGUCUCUAUCAUGACCGGCGACUCGUGAGCUGCUGUGUUUUUUGGAAAUCGAUCACUAAAGAUUUCGCAGCACAUUUAGGCUGUGAAGAAUCAAUCGUUCAGUUUGAAGACUGAUCUUAUUCAUGAACAGUAAACUCCAUUUCAAAUUAUUGAACGGUAGGCCUGGUUGGUGCUAAAAGUCUGGACAGAAGCUUGAAGGGAACUGUACGUGAUCAACAAACAAAAUUUCGGGUCAUGAAUCGGUUGGUUAGAUUUUCAUUGGGAUACUUUGUAUUUUAUGAUCGGAAACUUCUUAUUACUUUUAUUAAUGAUUUGUGUUGUAGUUGUUCAUCUUGCAUUUGAAAUAACAUUCCAAAGUACUAUUUAUUGAAAAUCCUUAGUGAAAAAUUGAAUUUUCUUUUGUCUCUUUGGAUAAAAAGUGCUAAAAAAAAAAAAGUGCUGCAAGUCUGGUGGUUUAGUAAAUGAUUUUAUGGCUGUAUGGACUAGAGGUUGACCGAUAUAUCGGUUUUACCGAUUCAUUGCUGUCGAUAGUUGCUUUUUGGAACUGUCGGUUAUCUGCAAAGUCGACGCUGAUAGUGGCGUUAUUUUUUUAUUUUUAUUAUUAUUCCUCCGUGUUCCUCUGUGGCCAAAGCCCUUAAUUUGUUGAAUAUAUGCUACUAGAAGCUUAAUUUGGUGAACAUUUACAUAAAGAGCAUUGCAACAAAAAGCCAUGACUUUGUCUUCAUCACUGUUUGUGGACUAAUUAAUGAUUAUUAUUGCGAAAUUUUAUAAAAAAAAGACACGUAUGACAAUUGACAAGCGAUCGCUGAUGAUCUACUGUAUAUUAUUAAUGCUCAUACAGUAUUUAAUAGUAUUUAUUUACUUUUUAAAGUAAUUCCAUUGUUAGACAGUACAUUAAAGAUGGCUGUAAGAGUGCAUGUUUUGUUUACCUUGUGUGUUUGUUUGAGCUGGAAGCACACACAUAUCAAAAUAAGAGUCCCCGGUCCAUUUCAGGCUUGUUUAUAAUUAAAAGUCCCACUUUAUGCACCGAAUCUUUAUAAAUUUCUGGUUAUUAUUGGGCUUUUGGUUGCACAACAAACACGCAUCAGGAAUUUUUGUUUAAGAUUCAGUAAAUCAGUUUUAAAAACUAUUGUCCGAUUAAUCGGUUAUUGACCUUUUUCACUACCUUAGUUAACAGUAUCGGCAAAAUCCACUAUCGGUCAACCUCUAGUAUUGACAAACUAUUGUGAAAUGUAGUGGCACAUUAUUUUGUGGCUUCUGAGAUUCAAAGGGUGUUUUUUUUUUUUUUUUUCUCAAUGUUGUCCAAUAGAGGGAGACAUUAAUCAUAGAAAAUCAGGGCUGCUGUUGAAUUUUCUGGGUUUUCAAAACAACAGUUGUAGGAUAUGUUAUUUGAGUCAGAGGAAAAAGAGAGAUUCCUAUUCAGAAGAUGCAGAACUUUUACAUCUAUAACAUUAAAGAGUGAAAAAGAUGCAUGCUCCAUCAGAAGCCAUACAAGCAAACAAAGUGAAAUAUGAAAUACAAAGCAAAAUAGUUUCAAAAUUCUCUUAUGUUCUUCCAAGCCCAUAUGACUUUGUUUCUUCCAUGAAACAAAUAGAGAUGUUAGUCAGAAUGUCAGUAUCAGACACCAUUCACUUUCAUUGUAUGUGUAUAAAAGGAAUGAAAGUGAAUGGUGACUGAGGCUAACAUUCUGCCAAACAUCUCCUUUUGUGUUCCAUGGAAGAAAGUCAUACUGGUUUGAAACACCAUGAGGGUGAGUUAAUGAUUUUCGGGUGAACUGUUCCUUUUAAUUACACUUAAACUUUGUGUGUGAAGGAAACAUCUUUCAAGCAACCACUUGUUUUAUUCAAAAAGGUUUUGUUUCUUUGUAUCGAAAAGCGAAAGCCUGCCAAUAUGUGAUUGAUUAUGUUGUCAAUACACCGUGACGCAGAGAUGACAGGAACGCUUUAAAUGUGUUGAGCAUUGCCUCUUAUAACACUGUCCAAAAUGAAACAUGAUUGCAGCUUUAAAUCCAGACACAUCCUUAAUGCUGUGUGGAUAAUUUGGCGAGUGUGUGUCUAAGAAGCUGUUGUUGCAUUGCAAGAGGUAAGAACAAUCACCUAUACAUCACUGUUGCCGUGCUGAUGUACGACAACAGUUGUCAAGGACAUGGGUCAGAGGACCACAGGUGGAAAUGAAGCCAUGUUUUCUAAAUGCUACGUCUUAACGGAUCGGGUCAAAAGUUUGACAAAAUUUGGUAAAUGACAGUUGAAAUGGAUGUAAUGGGUACAAUACUUAUCAGACUUACAAUAUUAUCUAGAUACUGUAAAAGAAUGAACCUCUUUUAAUUAACAUAACUUGAUGUCUUUGCAUUGUGUAUCUAAUGAGGACUUAUAAUUAAGAAUUUCUAAUAAGGAAGGAAGACGUAGGAUUUUUCACAAGAUCAGAAAUUAAAAUUAACUGUGACCUCAAAGUGCUUCAUUAUUUUAGUUAUUUAAACAAUCGAGUCACUUUAGGCAUUUAAGUUGAAUGAAAAUUCUGUCAUCAUUUAUUCACCCUCAUGUCAUUCCAGACCUCUGACUUCUGUGGAAACUAGGUGCAUUAUGGUCGGUUGCACGACAUGCAACAACCAAUGGCAUUUGGUGUCAUUGACGUUGUCAAACAUGCUGUGAUUUGCCUUCACACAUUAAGUCUGCAUAAGCAUUUUGAGAUAUUUGGUGGAGGGCAAGAUUUUCACUGAAAUUUCGGUCCGUUUCUCACAAAGUUUUGUAAUGAUUAGAAUCUUUGAAUAUUGCACAAAAGUUAUAUUCUACUUUAAGGAUACUUUUAUGGAGCUUUUUUGUCUCCUUUGACUUUGAUUACAAAAUACAAUGAGUCAAAAAGUAAUUUAUAUUAGACUUAAAAUACAUUAAAUAUGUGAAAUACAGUUGAUAAAUGUUGAUGCAAUUUGUUAAAGGGAUAGUUCACCCAAAAAUGAAAAUUCUCUCAGCAUUUACCCACCCUCAUGCCGUCC